AUGCCUGCCGAUAUUCGCAGCUUCUUUGGCGGCGGACCCCCGAAGGGCAGCCAGGACGCAAAGAAGAAAGAUGAGCCUGCGCCGAAGAAGGCCGCACCCAAGAAGAAGGGACGCGCAAGUCGAGUUGUAGAAGACUCUGACGAUGACGAUGAGGAAGAAGCGAAGCCCAAGAAAACCACACCAAAGAAGCCAGCCGCGAAGAAGGUCAAGCGCGAGCCGACACCAGAACCCGUACUCGAAGAGACUACCACAUCCGAUUUCUUUGCCAGCUCAAACAAACCCAAGCGAACCGGGCCAGUCAAGAAAGCUGUGGACGAGCCUGCUACAACACCAAAGAAGGCGCCUGCAAAGGCAAAUGGAAAAGCGUCAAAAACGGCUACUCCGGCAUCUACCACAAAAACAUCUGGUCGCACAAAGAAGCCCGUCACAUCCUAUGCCGAGCGGGACGACGAAGAUGAAUUCCCGGACGAUGACCUAGACGACGCAGACGACAUUUUCCAAGACAACAUCAAGGGCAAGGGCAAGGGCAAGGACGAUUAUAAGGAAGAGCCAGAGAGCGGCGACGAUAUGCCUGUACAGUUGCCACAUCGUGGAACACCGAAAGCGCCCGCAAAACAGCAAAAAACGACCAAAGACGAAGACGAUUUCGAUCCGGAAGACGAGGAUGUCGACAUGAAAGACAUCGACGCGGAAGACGAUUUUAUUCAGCCUGACGAAGAUGAACAAGCGCUUAAGAGUAAGCCAAAGAAGACAUCGACUGCAGGCAAGAAGCGCAAGUCACCCAUACCAGAUGAGGAAGACGAGAGCGAGGAGGAAGACGAAAAGCCCAAGAAAAAGGCACCGAAGAAAGCCGCGCCAGCAAAAUCGCCGGCGAAGAAGAAGGCUAAGAAGGAGGAGCUUGAAGACAGCGCAGAUAUCCAGGCCAUCUACGACAGCAUUCCUACCGUGCGAGCACCCACACCUCCACCCAAGGACGAAAACGCCAAGUUCAACUGGCAAGCAAACGCGGGCCGUGGCGAUGUUGCGCCUGCUGGAGGCUCAUCUGGUGACAUGCCACAGGGCUCAGACACAUGUCUUGCAGGUCUAACAUUUGUUUUCACUGGCGUACUACAGAAAUGGGGUCGGACAGAAGCCCAAGAGCUCGUCAAGCGACAUGGCGGAAAGGUCACUGGUGCUCCAAGUAAGAAGACCAGCUAUGUUGUAUUAGGAACAGAUGCUGGUCCUAGCAAACUGCAGAAGAUUCGGGAUAUGGACAUCAAGACAAUCGACGAAGAUGGACUGACACAACUCAUUGAGAAACUGACGGCAGCUGGCAACAAGGGUGACAGCAAAGCCCAAGCUGAGUAUGCUGAGAAGCAACGCAAAGAGCAAGAGAAGAUUGAGAAGCAAGCUGCCGAGCUCGAACAGGAAGAGAAGAAGCGCCAAAAAGAGCAGGCAGCGGCACAGGCAGCAGCCAGUAAGAAAUCGGGCUCAACAGUUUCAGCAGCUACUUCCAGUACAGGUCCUGCUGUCGACUCACGGUUGUGGACCACCAAAUAUGCGCCCACAUCACUCACUCAAAUAUGUGGCAACAAAGCAACCGUCGAGAAGAUACAACGCUGGCUGCAAGCUUUCCCGAAGAAUCUCAAGACUGGUUUCAAGUUGGCCGGUAAAGAUGGUAGCGGAGUAUUCCGUGCCAUCAUUCUGCAUGGUCCGCCUGGUAUCGGCAAGACUACUGCAGCGCAUCUUGUCGCAAAGCUCGAAGGCUAUGACAUUGUUGAAAGGAAUGCUAGUGAUACCCGGAGUAAGAAGCUGAUCGAAGAUGGUCUACGUGGUGUUCUGAGCACCAACUCACUCCACGGGUACUUUGCUGGAGAUGGAAAGCAGGUUGAAGGAUCAAGGAAGAAGCUCGUUCUCAUCAUGGAUGAAGUCGACGGCAUGUCUGCGGGUGACCGCGGUGGUGUCGGUGCGCUCGCAGCUGUCUGCAAGAAGACAGAGGUUCCCAUGAUCCUCAUUUGCAACGACAGGAAGUUGCCGAAGAUGAAGCCAUUCGAUUACGUUACCUACGAUUUGCCCUUCCGACGUCCCACUGUCGACCAGGUACGGUCGCGUGUUAUGACUAUUGCUUACCGAGAAGGCUUGAAGCUGCCUCCGACAGUUGUCAACGCACUCAUCGAAGGCAGCCAUUCCGACAUCCGGCAGGUUGUCAACAUGAUUUCCACCGCCAAACUCGACCAGGAAGCCAUGGAUUUCGACAAGGGCAAGACAAUGUCCAAGAACUGGGAGAAGCAUGUCAUCUUGAAGCCAUGGGAUAUUACACAGAAGAUUCUCGGUGGCGGUAUGUUUGCCUCGAGUAGCAAAGCCACGCUCAAUGAGAAGAUUGAACUCUACUUCAACGACCAUGAGUUCAGUCCAUUGAUGUUGCAGGAGAACUACCUCGGCACAAAUCCCAUUCUAUCUGGGCAGUACGGAGGCAAAGAGAAGAAUCUCAAGAAUCUUGAGCUGGUAUCGCAAGCGGCAGAUAGUAUCAGCGACGGUGACCUCGUCGAUCGUAUGAUUCACGGCUCCCAGCAACAAUGGAGUUUGAUGCCUACGCACGCCGUCUUCAGCUUCGUCCGCCCCGCCAGUUUCGUCUCCGGCAGCACAGCCGGAAACGGGACGCGAUUUACAUCGUGGCUGGGCAAGAAUAGUACCACCAACAAACUCAGUCGCAUGAUCAAGGAGAUUCAGGCACAUAUGCGGUUACGCUCUUCUGGUGACCGCCACGAAGUUCGGCAGCAGUACGUCCCGCUUCUCUGGCACGACUUGGUAAAUAAGCUGCAGAAGGAAGGAAAAGAUGCUGUUUCCCAGGUCAUCGAGCUGAUGGAUAGCUAUUACCUUACUAAAGAUGACUUUGACGCGAUUAUGGAAUUGGGAGUUGGGCCGAUGGAUCAGGAGAAGGUUAAGAUUGAUAGUCAGACCAAGUCUACCUUUACACGACUGUAUAAUCAACAAUCUCACCCUCUCCCUUUUAUGAAAGCGUCAUCCGUUACGGCACCGAAAGGUAAACAAGCGAAAGAGAAACCAGAUCUUGAAGAGGCGAUUGACGAGAGUGAUGAUGGCGAGCUUGUGGAGGAGGUCAAGGACGAAGAGGAAGAUGUUGACUUGAGCAAGGACAAGUAUGUCAAGCAGCCCAAAAAGAAGGCGGCGCCCAAGAAAGCUGCAGCGAAGAAGGGAGGGAAGAAGAAGAAGGAUGACGAUGACGAGAUGGAGGAUGACGAAGAUGAAGAGGAUGUUAAACCGAAGGGCAAGGCCAAGGCCAAGGCUGUACCCAAGGGAAAGAAGAAGUGA